AUGCUGCUGGCUAAAGUUGAAGAUGGUGACCCUAAAGCUGCCAAGAGCAGCAGGGAUCUCAUCUGGGAAUGCUUUCAACAAGUCACAGCCAACACCAACCUGGGCACCUGGCUCAAUGAUGAGUACGGCGACCGCACGAAGAUGAGCGCAGUCCUUGACAGAGUGGUGAUGGAUAGACCUUGCAAGGAACCCAUUCCUGGUUUGGUAGCAAUUGAGCCAUUGCAUACCUUGAACGAAUGCUUCAUUGGGAUCGAUCAGCUGGACUAUGGGCAAAAUGCCAAACAUGGUUACUUUCCCCACAUGGCGACAGUGGCAACUCACUUCAAGAACAUUGUCUAUCGCAACUUCGACCCGUACCGGGAACCACUGUGCAUUCGGUUCGUUAGCACAGGGGAAAGGACUGUGCAACCUUUCUCUGUCAAGUAUGUGGAUGGGUUCACGAAAGGGCUGAUCUGCCAAUCAAUAGCUGCAAUUGUUGACAAAUUGGGCAUUCCGGAAGAAGAGCUCGACAGCGAUGACCUGAAACCGCUGCUGCUGAGUCUUCGCUUCUUCAAGGCGAAGUACACUCACAUGCCCAACCAGGAGGAUUUUUUUACGAAGCACUGCGUGCUCCACUCAGAAAUUGCCAGCAAUCAUCAUCCAUUGUGCUAUGUUGUUAUUGGCUUUAAUGGCCAAGGACUGGGGCAAGAAACAGCAGAGAAGCAACAGCCAUCCGCACUAGAUAUGGUUGGGAUCUUCGAUCAAGCAGUGGCUGCAUUUUUUCAGCACAAUGGGCGCAAAGUCUUAUUUCAGAGUGCACUGAACUCAUGCAUAGCAGAUUUCAACAAGUCAGUGAAGGUUAGAAAGUUCAAGGUGGAUACGUUGAAACGUAAGAUCAUCACGAAUUUGUUGAAAGUCCCGAAAGAGUCAGUUGCCAUCUUGGCAGCUCACUACGACCUACACCGGCACAGCUCUUCAGGCUUGCCUGGCACCAUGCCGCUUUCAGAACGACUCCCACGGCGCUAUUCGACGGGGCCGAACGAUAUCUUUUGCAUUGUGAAGCACCAUAUGUGCGACACUGAUCCUUGCCAACCAGCGCUUCUGGUCCUUCCAGGGGAUGAAGCAACGAAAGUAAAGGAAUUUUGGUCCACCAGUGUUGGGGACACUGGUCUCAGUCCGACAUUGGAGCCCGAUCGACAAAAGGAUCUCCUCGAGUUGGCUGAAACCUUUGCUACCUACCCAAACUUCGAUCGUGCGGUGAUUUACUUGAAGUCCCUGGCAGGGCAAGGCCCCAGAACCCGAUAUCCGGCAAAUGAUUUGCCAUUCCUGAGGUCUGGAGGUUUUCCCUACGAGGUGGUGGCCAAUGGCCAUUUUGUUCCUCAGAACGAUCGCUGCGAGUUGUCCCGGUACCGGGGUAAGGCUGUUUGGAAGGAAAUCCUUGACAUCACACCUGAUGUUUGCACCCUAUACUUCAACAGGGUGCAUACUAUGUUCAACUCCGCUGUGACUGGAGAUUUCACCAGCAAAAUGAAGAAACAGCAGCAGCUCAGCCUGGACACCCACGAGAACAUGAUCGAUGGGAUUUGCCUUUGGGUGUGGUUGCGGCCCAAGAUCGAGGCCCUGGUGUCUGCAGAGUACAUGACAAAGCUGGAAGAUAUGUUCUUCCAAGGGACCCUUGUCGGAAGCAGUGAUGAAGAGCCUACAGUCCUACCAACCAUGCCCAACCUGAUGGACCAGCCGACCUUCUGUGGUGAAGAACAACCAACCCUCUUCCAUGACGAGGCCUCGACUGAUGAGGAUGAUAAAGCUGAGAAACUGUUGGAACAGCAGUUUGCAGAAGUGAGCCAGGAGCAAAAACGCGCCAAGUUUCGAAAACUGUGGCAUCAAUGUGCUACUAAACCUGAUCAAGACUUACACAAACCAAAGGAUGAUGCACGUGGCCAGUCAGCCCUCCCUCAAGAAAAUCGCCAACGACCAGGGUGCCAGGUGAAACAAGUGGAUGGCUUGACUGGAGAAGAGCAAGUUUCGCUUCGAGAUGGACAUGCUGAUCAACCAGAUGGACAAGAACAGGACGUCCCGGAAGCACUACCUCCUGUUCAUCAAGAUCUACAAGGACCAUUGCGCCAAGGAGGGCAACAACAUGACGAGAUGCAGAUGCCUUUGCCUGUUGAUCAAUCUGCGCAACAGCCAAACGCCAAAGUGCCAAAAGAUGGGCAAGUUUCGUCCAGCAAAUCCAGCAGCUCUUCACAGAUGCCACAGCCACCGAACCCACAAAACAAGAAGUUUAUCCCCACUCCUGGCAAUGCUCAAGAAGAACGACUGACAUUGGACACUGACCUCAACGUUGUUUGCAAGGCUGCCCAAGCGGAGUGGGACUGGCAGCGAAUCCCAUUCAUCUUGGAGGCCAUGGGUCAGUCGAAGGAGGCCUUCGUUGUGAACGCCCAGGCUAAGAGCAAAAACGCAUGGCUUGCAUCACAGCAAGCUGCAAUGCUGGCCUUCAAGUCGAAAAACAAGAAAGAUGAAAAGGACGAAGAUGAGGACGAUGAGGCAAAAGAUGAAGACAAUGACAUGGGCGAUGCUGAGGAUGGUGAUGACAUGGGCUUGGGAACACUGCCAACAACAAAUGCUCUCAGUGAUUUCCAGUACAACUUUGAAGCUGAGCUUCGGCAACCAUCGCGCAAUCUCUUGGUGAAGGAUUUGAUGAUUUGCUUUGAUCCCAGUACUGUGUAUGGAAACCGUGCUGCCUUCAUGAAGGGAAUGAUGAUCACAGCCAAACAUGCCUCACCUGGCGGGAAUGUGUUUUGGAAAUCACCUCUGUGGAAGCGAGGGGUCAUUGGUGGUGUGGCCAUGUUGGCAAGAGCAGAAAUGUACAAGCCACCUUGUCAAGAAACGAUUGAAGUCAAAAUGAACGCGGCCUUCACUGACUGCCAAGAAGCCAAACAAGCUUGUGGUGGAACCGAUGUCUUGAAGCGUUUGAUUGCUGGCCUGACGCAAAACACCUCUGUGCAGCGUUUGGCCCUUGUGGAUGGACAUGGCUACGACGCAUUUCCUGCUUUGAGUACUUUGGAGGUCGAAUCUCCCAAAGUUGUUUGCGCAACGGUGGUCAUUGAGUCUGCGUCAACGAAGAAACGUAGGGCAUUGCCGGGGGAAAUCAUUUUGGAUCGCAUUGCUACAUCGUUGUAUGAAAAGUGCAGACUCAAGAGCUUUUCGGUUUCUGGCUUCCCAGACUUUGCCCCAUUGGUGGCUGAGCUCUCAGACACAGCUGGCACUGGGGAUGGUGCACCUGGCCUUGGGGAGGCCUUCAAGGUAACCACCCUACACCCAUCCGGGAACCUCAUUGUGCAAGAGCAAUUCUUUCAACAGUUUGGCAAAGAGGAAUCAGAAACUUGCCUGGAGUUUACUCAAUUGGUUGAAGAGCACAACGAGAAGUACAAUUCUGAGAAUCUGCGGGUGAGUGAGAAGCCUUCCCCGUCAAAGAGGGAUGUUGCAGCUGCCAAAGUCGAGCUGGUCGAACCUGAAGACGGGCAGGAGCUAACGCCCGCCAAGAUGGCUUCCAUUCCCAAUCCGUCUGAGUUGGCUGUGAACAGCCAGGUGAGCCUCAUUGUUUCUGAAGACGGGCGUGAUGCCUACCUGAAAGCGGGGUCAGAGCAAGCUAUGUUGCCCCACCGCCGGGAACUCUUCAGUUUCGGGAGUGGUGUUUGGAAUGAUGGCACUGAUGCAACUCAAGUCAUGGCUGACACAGCUGGAAGUUGGCUGAAAUGCCACGUUGGGUUUGAAUCGAUGAUUAUCCUGGAGAAGAAAAAAAUCCCUGCGCAUCUCAGCGAGUUGUCUUGUCUUGAUCAACCUGUGCCCUUGAAAGACCUGCUCAUGGCCCUGGAAGACCAGGGGGAAGUAUCUUGGAUGAAUGAGUUGCUCUUCACAAACCUUCAAACAUGA